UUUCACUGCCAACAUGGCAGCGCCCAUGAGCUCUGAGAUGUCAACCCUAUCACUGGACGACUAUGUUGUUGACUACAUUAAUUCCGAAUUCACUGACAACAUCAGAACGAUAUUUAAUGCCAAAACACUAUACGAAGAGACACGAGCGAAGAAAGAAUCUUUGGAGAAAAAGGUCUCACUUGCCAGUUCAGAAGUUCCGUCAGAAAUUAAGAAGGCAAUCAAAAACGCUCAAACUAUCAGCAAACAGAUUAAGAAGGUUGGUGAGAAUCAGGAAACGGUGAGGCACGAUAUCCUGGACCACCUGCGAGUACACAAGCCCAUGCUGGAUGAUCUGACAGUACUCACUCAGCAGGUGGAGGAGCUGGAGCAAUACACCAAAUACCUUAGCAUUGUUGCAAAGGUGGAAGACUGCAGCUCCCAGUUACAAGCUGCACUGAUCACAGAGUCUAUGGGGAAUGCUGUGGAGGUGUUCAACAGUCUGACUGCCCUUUACGACAGCCUUGAGGAGUCCCAGUGCAAAAACCUGGUGCAGUUCACCAAGGAGACCAUCUUAUUCUGGAACAAGCUUCUCAAGGAUAAAAUAGCAGCGGAAUUCGAGGAUGUCCUGAAGGCUAUGAGGUGGCCACUGGUGGCAUCAACUAUUAAAGCACCCAUUGUUGCAAACGCCACAGAGAUGAAGUCAAGAAUGCAGUCACUCUUCAAGCAGCUCUUACAACUGGUCUUACCUGACACCAUCUCUAUCGAGACCCAGGUGUCGAGUCCUGCCCUGCUGAACAUCCCGGGGCUGAAGCCCCUCAUCCUGCCGCUGCAGCUGAUGCUGAAGCCCCUGAAGAAGAGGUUCAAGUAUCACUUCUAUGGGAAGAAACAGACCAACAGCCUUGAUAAGCCGGAGUGGUACUUCACCCAAGUGUUGAGCUGGAUCCGAGACCACACUGACUUCCUGAUGAUCAACAUCCAGCCCUUGCUGAAGGAGGCUGGCCACGACAACCUCAAUGCCAAGAUCGAGUUGAUGCGAGGCCUGGUGAUCCUGGUGAUGGAGAAGAUGGUUAACGACCUGCCGGACCUGGUCUAUGAUGAGCACUUCUUCUCCCACAUGGUGGACGAGGCCCUGCUGUUUGACAGGGAGCUGAGGCUCACCUACAACUACCCCAGCACAGAGCCCGGCUGUCUCCACGUGCUCUCCUCGGGCGACGCCAUCGACAAGUGGCUCAUUAUUGAGAAGAGGUUUGCCAUACAGAAGAUCGAAGCCAUGCUGUCCUCCCCCACUGCCUGGCAGUCCCAGUACAGGGACAUCGCUGAUGUGGACGAGCUGAAGGUGCCCGAGUGUGGGGAAAGCUUCAUGACACUCCUCCUCACCAUCACAGACCGGUACAAGCCACUGCCUGAUGUGACCAGCAAGUUGCGCUUCCUCGGGCUGCAACUAGAGCUACUGGAGGACUUCCGUGUCCGUGUGGUGCAGGUGAUGCAGCAGGAGACACACAACCCUGUAGGGAGCUGCUUCUGCGCUAUACUCAACACAGUGCACUAUGUGGGAGAGGUGCUUCAGGAGUGGAGUGAGACAGUGUUUUUUAUCCAGCUAAUGUAUCAAAAAUCCACACAUUCCCAGAGGAUGAAGAAGGAGAAACAGAGUAAAGCAAAAGGUGACCGACCUCGGUCCCUCUCCCUCAACCAGUCCGCUGACUCCAGCAAGCUGAGUGAGGACCUGGACAUAAGCAGCCUGCCGACUCUGAACACCACCGUGUUUGAUGACAUCAAUGAUCUGUUCGAGUCCCUCAAGGUGGACAUGUUGAAGAACAGUGUGAGCUACGUCUUCACCGACUUCCAGGCCAGGAGUCAGCCCUACAGGAAGGACAGAUGGAUUUCCCUACCAUCACAUAAGGAUCUGAUGAUUACACUAGGCCUGUCUGCGUCGGCCUGUGAGAUGCUGCUUGUCCUCAAGGAUCAUCUCGCUGUCAUGGAGGAUCUCCUCAGCAAACCGCUCUUUCACAAGUUCUGGCAGCGACUGGCGGAGAAAAUUAAUAAGUUCAUCCUCGACGAGGUGAUCCUGUCCAACCACUUCAACGAGGGGGGCGCAGCACAGCUCCAGUUCGAUAUGACUCGUAACGUCUUCCCACUGUUUGGCGAGUUCACCAACAAACCAGAGACCUACUUCAGAGAAGUGAAGGAAGCCUGCACGUUGCUGACAUUAAAGACAGGCUCCGCCAUCCUCCUGAAGGAGGUCCUAUAUUCAGCCCUACAUGAAGCCAAGAAGGACCCUAAUGCCAAGUCAACAGACCCUAAAUCUGCCUUACAUGAAGUAGGGAUCUACAAGAUCCCCUCCAGCCUUGCUGAGUCUAUACUGAGUAGGCGAACCAACCUCUCUGUCAGGUGAUCAAGUGGUACAAUGAUAAGUUCUGAGGGUGUACAGCUCAUCCUCGUCCAUCAGGGUUAUGUUAUCUCCACCUUAUAGCCUGGGCUAUGCCUGGCUGGACUAAACAUUGUAUACUAUAUAAGUAUUAAUAUACUUUAUAAGUCAAUGUUCUGAAAUGUAGCUGCAAUGUGGUAUAUGUUAGGAUUACCAGCUACAGUGUUAAUUUACAGUUAUAUCCUUAAAAUUAUGAAUAGGUUUUUCAAUAUCUACUACUCGAAAGAAGUUAGAUGCUCAUGAUAUCAAUCUCUGGAUUGUCUGGUCCAGACUCGAUUAUUUACAGACCGCCGUCAUAUAGCUGGAAUAUUGCUUAGUGUGGCGUUAAAUAAGAAACAAACAAACAAAAAAAGUAAAUAACACCCAUUUCUUUCAUAGUACUGCAGUUCAUCUGCAAUGCCAUGACAGAUUAACUAUCGUAAUAUUAAAGAAUUGGGUGGUCCUUGACUUGUUUUGAGUAGUAUAUAUAGUCUUGUAAAUCAUUGACUAAGAACACCUUGAAAAAUAGAUCAAAUAGAUUAUGUGUAUCAUGUUUUUUACAUUCUUUUUGAGUACAUAUUCCAUGAUAACAAAACUAAAGUGUACUUAAUCAGCAAACUCAUUAUAUCAGAUCUUAGUUCUCACUCCUGCUCAUCAAAGAUUUGAGGACAUUCCGUCACUGCAUCACUUACAAGAUCAGGAAGGAUACAGUCAGAUUUGUUUUCUAAUUAUUCAACCUCAAAAAGGUUAACACGGGGUGUUCCGAGCGAUGCUUACAGGCUAUACAAAUGAUUGUGUCACAAUCGUUGUCCAUCUCUCACGUCAAUAUGGGACAAAUAUUUGAACGGAAAAGACUUUACAAAGCCCAUGCUAAGUACUGCCAUACAAUCUUGGCCAUGUACCAGACAUUCCAGAAUGUUCUUUUGUCAGCUUUCCAAUUUGGAAUUGAUAAUUUGGUCAAAAUAAUUUUCAAAGCAUCUCUGGAAUGGAAGUUGCCAGUUUGAAAAAACUUGAGAGAGAUGCUUUCUGGUUGGCUAAUUUCAACUUCUCAUUGGUCGAUUCAUUGGUUGGUCAAAGUCACUUAAAGGUCGUUCUGAUGUAACCUUCAAUGGAAUGUCUUCGGAUCUUUGUUUAGUGGUAGCAAGAGUUGAGAUCUGAUGUUAAUGUGCUUGGCUUAAUCAGCCAUGAACAUGAAGUACAGUGAAUGGUAACAUACAGCAAUAUUGGUAUGGUCCGCCCCUUGUGGAACCAACUGACUACACAGUGUCUGAUAUGUGUAGUGACAGAACUGUUCAGAUGUCAAACUUAAUAACUUAUUUAAUUGCUACAUACUUGGGCAAUUCAGGUGGAGCCUGUGACUUUUGACUUACAUAUAUUUUACCAUUUGAGGUUAUUUCUUGAAGAUUUUGUCAAUCACCCGGCAUGUAUGUCGGAGGACUCAAGGACGUUCAUGUUCACGCCUCCCAUGGAGACGCAUCUUGUCCUACCCUUGUCUCAGUCACUGCCAAAGAUUAACUUCCAAAAUACUGACCAAUAUGUACAGAGACACUACUAACAAUCUAGCACUGUUGUCACAGUGCAUACACACUUCUACUAAUAUUUUGGUCAUAGUCACUAUAUAUUUUCUCUACUUUUUAACUAUUUGUAUCAACAUGUACAAUGGAACCUUGUUUAAUUAAUGUGUGUAGGUACGGUGUGGUGGGUAGGGGUAGGGUAUGG